AUGCCUAUUCGUAAUCCAUUCAAGAAGACAUUGGGCGAAGUUGAGGUCCGGGACGAGAACCAACCCUUCCAGCGCAGAGGGCCAGACGGUGGUUUUCAGAGCACAUAUGUCACUGGCGCAAAGCCAAUCGAGAUCAAGGAACCGACAGAAUACAAGCUUAGUGAAAUCAACGACAGCGGGGUAUUCCUACCUCCGUCGCCAACAGAGAAGAAGAGUUUCUGGGGUAGCCGAUCAAACACCUCGACCACAUCGUCAUCAAAUCAUCGAAGCUUGCUGAAUGAAAAUGAGCCGUUCAACAUCUCGAGGGAGUCUUUCGAUUCGUACAGGCGGUCUUUUGACAUCUCCGCUCGAUCUCCGAUAAGUGAAGUUGAACCGCGCUUAAGUAGAGAGUAUGGUCGCCAAAGUCUUGAUGCGCGCCGCGCCAUCGCCCGUCCCUCCCGAUCCUCCUUUGAUCACCGCAUCGACAGACCGGAAGCCAUGCCAGAGGAAGGAUUUGAAGAGGUCGGGCUGAACGAUGAGGUCAAGCCAAAGAAACGUGGCUUGUUCUCGCGCUUCGGCGAUUCGUCCGACUCAAAUCAUGCUAAUCAUUCGUCGGACAGCAGACCGUCCUCGAGCCACCAUGGAUUCCACUUGCUCCCGGGAAGAAAGCGAGGCCAAAGCGGACAAGGCUCAGAGCUUCGACCCAUGGCGAACAGCACACCGGAGAUCAAAGUCGACUCGUAA